AUGUUAUUAAUCAAAUACUCAACAACAAUGCCUUCUCGGCAUCAACGGAAAGCUUGGACAAUGGUCUUAUUAUUGUUGGCUCUCCCUUUUAAUAAUGCCUUUUUGUUUGGAAGUUUAGGCGGUGGAGGUGGUGGUGGUGGAAGUUGUAAUUCUUGUUGUGCACCACCCCCACCCCCACCUGUUUGUGCACCACCACCAUCUUGUGGUUGUGGUGGCGGUGGUGGUGGAGGAGGCGGCGGUGGAGGUUCAAGAGGUCCAAUAAUUGUUAACUGUGGUGGUGGUAAUGAAAUUGGAGCAGUCGGAGGAGGAGGAGGCUAUGGUGGUGGUGGAAGAGGCGAAGGAGGAGGCGAUGGAGGAGGAGGAUGUGGAGGCGGUGGAGGAGGAUGUGGAGGCGGUGGAGGAGGAUGUGGAGGCGGUGGAGGAGGAUGUGGAGGAGGAUGUGGAGGCGGUGGAGGAGGAUGUGGAGGCGGUGGAGGAGGAUGUGGAGGCGGUGGAGGUGGAUGUGGAGGUGGCGGUGGAGGAGGAUGUGGAGGCGGUGGAGGAGGAUGUGGAGGCGGUGGAGGAGGAUGUGGAGGCGGUGGAGGUGGAUGUGGAGGUGGCGGUGGAGGAGGAUGUGGAGGCGGUGGAGGAGGAUGUGGAGGCGGUGGAGGAGGAUGUGGAGGCGGUGGAGGAGGAUGUGGAGGCGGCGGUGGAUGUGGAGGAGGAGGUGGUGGUGGAUGCGGAAGCAGUGGAGGUUCUAGUAUCGAUCUUCAACUUGGAUGCAGCAGUGGAGGAGGCGGUGAAGGAGGUUGCGGCGGUGGAGGAGGCGGUGGUUGCGGAGGAGGCGGUGGUUGCGGAGGUGGAUGUAGCAGUGGAGGCGGAGGAGGUGGAGGUUGCGGAGGCGGAUGCAGCAGUGGAGGUGGAGGAGGAGGUUGUGGCGGUGGAGGAGGUGGUGGUUGCGAAGGCGGAUGCAGCAGUGGAGGUGGAGGAGGAGGCGGUGGUUGUGGAGGCGGAUGCAGUAGUGGAGGUGGAGGAGGAGGAUGUGGAGGCGGGUGUAGCAGUGGAGGCGGAGGGGGCGGUGGUUGCGAAAGUGGAUGUAGUGGUGGAGGCGGUGGAGGUUGCAGCGGAGGUGGAGGUGGCGGUUGCGCAAGUGGAUGCAGCGGAGGAGGCGGUGGAUGCAGCAGUGGAGGAGGAGGUGGAGGUUGUGAAAGCGGUGGAUGUUCAGCUGUUGCUCCAAGUGGUGGCGGCUGCUCGGGUGGUGGAGGAGGUGGCUGUGAAGGUGGUGCUUCUAGUGGUGGAGGUCAAUAUGCUGCACCUCAAGUUAGUGCUGGUGGUGGUGGAGGCGGUGGUUGUGGAGGCGGUUGCAGCAGUGGCGGAGGAGGAGGUGGAGGAUGUAGUAGUGGAGGCGGAGGAGGUGGAGGAUGUAGCAGUGGAGGUUGCAGCAGUGGUGGUUGCGGUGGCAGCCCUCCAAGCGGCGGCUCCUAUCAAGUAUCCGGAGGUGAUGGAGGUCAUUCAGUGCAAGCUAGCGGUGGUUACCAACAACCAGAACAACCUCCUCAUGCCCAGCCUGAACCUUUGCCCUAUGCGCCACAACCCCAGCAUGAGACGUAUAAUCAGGGUGAGGCAUUCAUCAUUAAAAUAAUCUCAAACCUCUCGAGCCAAAACCUUCGGAUUCCUCCCCCCCCCCCCCCCACAAAGCAGCUUUUCUAUUCAGAAAUGUGCACCAAAAUUUUUGCAUGUGGCGCCAAACGCCAAUUUUCAUGUUUUUAAAACUCGCCAAAAUCAAGACUCUAAAAAAAUCGAGUACAAAUUAACGCCAAACACCUUGGCGCACAGUCCUGCUUCUUGUACUUACUCUCAUUAGGACCAGGGAUGAGCCUGAUAGAGAGAAAGCUCACAAAGGUUGAUCUUUGGUCUUCCGUUGCGUUUUUUUAAUUAGACUUGCUUCUAUCCCUCUCGUGGAUAUCGCCCAUUCCCCCCAAGACAAUUCAUCCCAAAAUCCCCUCCAAACAUUUAUCCUUCCCCAUUAACACAUUCAAGUUGCAGUAAAUCGCCGCGUAAUUGCGCGGCUUUCGCAUAACCAACAACAACUAAAAACACUCUGCGGGGAACUAGAAAUGACUAAAAAAGAUGCGAAAAAUUUAAAGAA